AUGUCCACCCCAGACCAACCCCAAUCCCAAUCUCAAUCCCCAACCCUCGCCAUCAUCGGCUGCGGCAAAAUGGGCACCGCCAUCCUCAACGGCCUCCUCCACGCCCAACCCACAACCAACAAUCCCCUCGCAAUCCCCCUCCCACGCACCUUCAUCGCCACCACCCGCAGCCCAACCUCCCUCCAACGCCUGAAAUCCCACUUCCAAGAAUCCACCUCUACCUCACCAACGCAACUAACCAUCCUCCCCUCCACCUCCAACCCAACCGCAAUCCACUCCGCAGAUAUAAUCCUCCUCGCGUGUGAUCCAACCGACAUCCCCUCCCUCCUCACCGACCCAGACAUCCAAUCCUCCCUCACCACAGCCCCCUCCCCCACCCCAAAACCCAAACUCCUCCUCAGCAUCGCCGCCGGCUGGACAACCACCUCCCUUCUCUCCCUCCUCCCCAAAGCCACCCCUAUACACACCAUCCGCGCCCUCCCCAACAUCCUCUCUUCAAUCUCCCAAUCCAUAACGGCAAUCGAACUCCCGUCCGCGAACACGCCAAUCCCAACCGAGUAUAUUGAUCUAACGGAGAAUAUAUUCCAGAGGAUCGGACGUACGGUGCGCGUGAGACCCGAGCAGAUGGAUACGUUUACUGUGUUGGGGGGGUCAACGCCCGCGUUUGUGGGGGUUUUCGUGGAGGCGUUGGUGGAUGGGGCCGUGGCGGUGGGGUUUGGGAGGGAGGAGGCGAGGAUGGUGGUUGCGCAGGUGGUGAGGGGGGUGGGGGAGGCGGUUUUGGGCGGGGAGCAUCCGGCGUUGUUGAAGGAGAGGGGGACAUCGCCGGGGGGGUGUACGAUGGGGGGACUGAUGGUGCUUGAGGAGGGGGGUUUAGGGGGGUGGUUGGGAGGGCGGUUAGGGAGGGGGUGA